CCCGGCCGGUGCGGGCGGCGGGGCUGUCGGAGCCACCCGCGAGGUGCAGCGCGCACAUGGGGACGCACCGCAUCGUGCUCUCGGGCCCCGGGCCCUGGGGCUUCCGCCUGGUGGGCGGCCGCGACUUCGAGCAGCCCCUCGCCAUCUCCCGGGUGACUCCAGGCAGCAAAGCUGCGAUAGCCAACUUGUGUAUAGGAGACCAGAUCAUAGCCAUUGAUGGAGUGAACACAGAUAACAUGACACACCUUGAGGCGCAGAACAAAAUCAAGGGUUGCACAGAUGAACUGACUCUGACAGUCAGCAGAACAGAGGCAAAAGUCUGGUCACCACUUGUAAGCGAGGAGGGAAAGACACACCCUUAUAAGAUGAAUCUGGCCUCUGAGCCACAGCAGAGACCGACGCAGUUUCCGCGUGCGUUCAGCAUGACAUACCAGCCCGCUGGUCUGAACAGCCGCCCAUCGCCGGUGGGUGCGAUGCAGGCUCCCAUGGCCUCCGUGUACGACCCUCUGCAGAGCUCCGAGCUGCGGCGCAGGCACAGCGCCUCCUCCAGCCCCAGCCAGGUCCGAGUGGGGCCUGAGCAGCUGAAGCACGCGGCCCAGGUCUGCCCCAACAGCCCUGUGGAAGUGGAGGUGCCGGGACUCAAAGUGCUGCACGUGCAGUUCAAUUCUCCCCUGCAGCUCUAUUCGCAGAGCAACAUCAUGGACACCCUGCAGGGGCAGAUCUCUUCUGUUAGCCCUGAUUUCCCCAGUUUAGAACAGCAUAACCAGACCCCAGGCAACAUUGCCAUAGACAAACAGUCUGAAGUUUACAAGAUGCUGCAGGAGAAUCAAGAGUCAAAUGAGCCACCCAGACAGUCUGCUUCGUUUCUUGUGUUGCAAGAGAUCUUGGAGUCAGAGGAGAAAGAGCAUCUGCAUGGGAAGAACAGCCUCCAGCCACGCAUCUCACAUGCUCUGAAGCACUCUCCUUCCACCCCCCAGGAGACCCUACCAAACCAUCUGGAUUUAGGAGCGUCAAAGCCCCUACCACAAAGGUGGCCUCAUCGAUUGGGAAUGCCCAGAAGCUGCCCAUGUGCGACAAGUGUGGAUCUGGCAUUGUAGGGAUGUUUGUGAAGAUCCGGGACAAGCAGCGUCACCCCGAGUGCUACGUGUGCAGCGACUGUGGCACCAAUCUCAAGCAGAAAGGACACUUCUUUGUGGAAGACCAAAUCUACUGCGAGAAGCAUGCGCGGGAACGGGUGGUUCCGCCGGAGGGCUACGAGGUGGUCACCGUCUUCCCAAAGUAAACCGUGCUGCUCACAAAGCCACUGUGGAUGAUUUAUCCUCUGCUGAUUUUCCUUGGAGAGCAUUAUCCCUACCCCCUGCAGAAUCUUUUUUGCAAUAAGGAAUGUUAGGCAUGGCUUUGAAUUUCCUUGUCAUUAUUAAUCCUCCAUCUGUUCACAUGAGAUGUCACUAAUUUCAGCAUUCUUUUCAUCCUCUUUCACUUUUUUUUAUUAAACAGAAUUUUUUUUCCUUCAUUGUGCUGUCAAUCACACAGGAAAAUCAGAGGCCAAAGUCAGAUUACAACUUUUCUGUGUUCUAGCUAUUUGCCAUCUGUUUGCCUGCAAUAAAUGGGGUGAAUCCACAA